AUGUCGGAUGCUCUGCUCCCACUCCACCAGAGUGUGAAUGACAAAAGCAAAUUCACAUGGCAGUUGAGCUGUUCGCAAAUGCUAUACACGAUCACACGGACGGACCACGUAGAUACUUUGCUUGCUUCCACCCCCAUCCAGAGAUCCUGCCCACAGGCUCCUGAUAAACACCCACCUCCUCUAGAGUCGGCAUAUGGCAGCAAACUCCUGAUAAACACCACCUCCACCGAGAAGAAAAGCCUCCGGCCGGCGGCAACAAUGUGCGGCCGCGACGACGACUGCUACCUGACGAGGGAUGAAGUCAAGUACCUCUUCAUCUGCUUCGGCGUCGUCGCGGUCGUGGUCCUCCUCGCCGUCCUCCUGGCCGCCUUCGUCUACCUCCGCCACGUCACCAUCACCGUGGAGGACGCCUCGCUCACCAGGUUCGACCUGCUCACCUCCCCGGUGACGGGGAUCGCCUACAACCUCUCGCUCACCCUCAAGGUCCGCAACCCCAACUGGGCGAUGAGCAUGAAGAACGUGGAGCCGUUCGUCGCCGCCUACAGGUUCGACGGCCAGCAGUUCGACCGCGUGCAGGUCGCCGCCACGGGCGACAAGCACCCCGCCGGCGCCACCAGGGUGUACCACCUCACCUCCUCCUCCCAAGGCGCCUUCGUGUCGCUGGGCAGCGCCGGCGAGCAGGAGUACAAGAAGGAGAGCAAGACGGGGACGUUCGACGUGGAGGUGGCGCUGUCCCGCAAGGUGAGCUACACGGCGCGCUACACCAAGUGCAAGAUCGAGGCCGUCUGCCCGCUCAAGCUGCAGCUCGUCAAGCCCGACGCCACCACCGUCGUCUUCCAGAAGGUGACGUGCAAGCUACACAAGGCCGAGAAGAACUGCUAGCUAGCUAGCGUAUAUAUGCAUGGAUAUUGAUCAUGUUCGUGGUUUGUGUGGCCACGAUCAUCAUUAAUUACUUUUAUUAUUCCAUCAUCAUUUGCACGUUUGUUUGGACUUCAAGUGUGUGUGUGUGUGUGUGUGUGUGUGUGUGUGGUGUUUUUCUUCCCAUUCUUUCACGCCCAUCACGUCGGUUUCGAUUUGAAGUGUGUGUGCUGGGGUUUUUUCAUUAAUUAUUUGUUGUGUAAGAUGUAAUAAUAAUAUUUUCGAUGCUAUCUUCCUGAUGUAAAAAGAACAGGUUUGAUGUUGUUUCUUGGUUGUAAGGGAAAAAGAUUUGAUGCUA